AUCGAAACGUUGCCCGCUGAUGGUGAUGAGGACGAUCUGCCGGCAUGCGGUACUCGGCAUCCGAGCGGCGCCAAAUCGAAUCUGCAGGCUAAGUCGGGCGAGUUCCUCUGGAUGGUGGCCAUCCUGCUGAAGCCAGAGCACACAUAUAUUGGAGGCGGCUCGCUGCUGGCGCCGCACAUUGCGCUGACCGCGGCCCACAAGGACGACAGCCUGGCUGGGGAGCGACUGCUGAUUCGUGCUGGCGAAUGGGACUUGGCAAGCGAUAAGGAAACCUAUCCGCACAUCGAUCGCAAUGUCAGCGAAAUACUCAUCCGUGGCAACCACUCCAAGGCAGCCAAUGCCAACAAUAUAGCGCUGCUUGUGCUUGAGCUCAGCCUCAGCCACAAUCCGCACAUCUCGUCCAUCUGCCUGCCCCCUGCCACUGCCCAUGUCGAUCAUGCCAACUGCAUUGUGACGGGCUGGGGCCAAAGGUCCACGGCGGACAGGCAGCCUGUGAAUGUUCUCAAGGAGCUGACCAUGCCCCUUGUGCCACGUGCUGAAUGCCUCCAAAUGCUACAAGCAGUGAGACAACGGCCCGUUCGACUCCAUGCGAGCUACCUGUGCGCGGGCGGCAAGAAAGAUAUCGAUGCCUGCGUCGGCGAGCGCCAAUCG